AUGCGUUGGGCAAAAGGGCGGCUAGACCACAAUGGGGAUAUCAAUUUGAAGAAAUUUUGGAGGGACAAGGUGGGGGGUUUUUUUUUUUUGGAUGUAGCUCAAGCAAUUGGGGCUACAAUUCGGGGCGCUUUGGUGAGAGGUCUUCCACGGGAUACGGGCUCGAUGCGAUGCAGGGCUGAGACGAGGGGAAAGGCGGCCAGGCAGCCGGAGAGGGAGGAGAACGGUGAUGGUGGCUAUCGUCGUGGUGGUCGUGGUGGUCGUCGGCGGCGUGCGGCGUGCGGCGUGGUGGUGGUAGUUUUGAAUGGAACAGUCGCCAGCGGAUCGAUCGAGAAAGUUACUCCGGCGAUCGGCUGGCUGACGUCAUCAUCACUAUCGCCAAGACCUCACACCAGGGCUUAUGUAAUAAUGUCUUGGCAGCAAGCCGUCGCAGGCACUCAACCCAGGGUGGAAGGUGCAAUUCACAUGAAGAAAUACUCCGCAUACAGCAAGCAGCAGCAAGGGGCAGGUCCCUCGCUUGGUAGUCGCGUGCCUUCCCAGUUGGAGCACUGGCCACAACAGAGCGUGACUGGGCACUCCACAUCCCGUAAUCAACUACAUGCAUACGGAGUCCUGCAGGACCGAAUGCCGUCGAUAGUGCAGCCCGUCUCGUUGCGAGCGGUGAUGGAUAGCAUGGCAUAG